AUGUUAAGACGACAAUUUGUUAAUUUGUGUACAAAUGCGCUAAGACAGAGAUGGUCUCCAGCUUUGUUGACCGAAAUCUGUCCUAUACGCUUUAAGUACACUCAAUUUAAAGGAGUCAAAGGCAUACGCAAUAGAAAAAAUAUGUUUGAAUCAAAUAAAAUGCAAAAUAAUGACGACGAAGAUGAAGAAAAUACUUCAUUUAACCAUGGAAUAAACUUGGAAGAUAGAGAUUAUGAAGAAGUAGCCAACACUGCUAUGAAUCUGUCUCAUAAUCAAAAUAUUGAACAACACAUCUUUGUCCUUCAGCCCUACAUUAAAUGGGGUGCUAAAAAAUCGACUUCCAAUCCCGAUUUACAGUUGAAAGAAGCCGAAGCAUUGGUUCAUUCGCUUCCAAAUUGGCAUGUGCAACUAAGUAUGAAAGUUCCACUUGAAUCGUUAGAGAAACGAAUCCUAUUUGGCACUGGAAAGCUAGAAGAACUGAAAAAAAUUGUAACCAAAGGUCGUUCGGGAACAAAACCAUUGACUGCCUUAUUCAUUAGCAAAGGAACACUUAGUUUCGCUCAAAAGCGUACACUGGAAUCCGAAUUUGGUAUUCCGGUCUUAGAUCGUUAUUCUGUUGUUAUUCAAAUCUUACGGUUACAUGCAACUACAGCUGAAGCUAGACUUCAGGUUGCAAUGGCAGAGAUUCCUUAUAUUUGGGGUCAAAUGAAGGAUGCUAAUUUGUCAAUGUCUCGAAAGCAGGGGUAUGCUUUAUCAGACAUUCAGAAAGAAAUGCUAAAAACUAGGGAAAAAAAACUUAAAGAUGAGUUGGAGAAAAUAAGAUCUCAUAGAAAACUCAUACGAAGCAAGAGAAAGCAAAAAAAUUUUCCUAUUGUCGCAGUAGUUGGCUAUACAAAUGCUGGAAAGACAUCUCUGAUAAAAGCUUUGACCAACGAACAAACAAUGCAACCUCGCGAUCAACUUUUUGCCACUCUAGAUGUAACAGCGCAUGCUGGAAUGUUGCCUUGUAAUCUGGAAGUAAUCUAUAUGGAUACUGUAGGAUUUAUGUCGGAUCUUCCAACGGGAUUGAUUGAAUGUUUUAUUGCUACUUUAGAAGAUGCUAUGAUGGCGGAUGUAAUUAUACAUGUUCAAGAUUUGUCUCAUGAAAGUUGGAUGGAGCAGAGAAUUCAUGUUGAAAAAACUCUUGAAUCAUUAGCAGGAAAUCUUUCACACAUUGAAAAUCUUACAAUGCCACCGAUCAUUAAUGUUGGCAAUAAAACUGAUCUUAUUUCCAAUUUACCAACAGAAAAUCUUGAUGAAAGUUUAAAAAUGGUUUCGUCGAAAACUUUUACUGGCAUUCACGAGUUGGUGGAUGAUGUGGAGAAAAAAGUUUUAGAAACAACAGGAAGGAAAAAGAUUACAAUGAGAGUAAAAAAUGGAGGUCCUGAAACACCAUGGUUAUAUAAGAAUGCAGCGGUUGUAAAUGCUAGAGCUGAUCCUAAAAAUGAAGAAAGUAUAUUGAUUGAUGUUAUCAUUACGGAUAGCAAAAUGCAACAAUUUAAGCAUUAUUUUUGUAAGAAAUAAAAACAGUUGUAAAAUAGUUGUUAAGUUGCGUGCGAUAGAAAACAUUAAAUAUUUUUGAGGAAAAAAAAUUGUUUGUUCGCAUUGAAAGUUGGUGGUUUGAUUAGACCUCCAUAAGUGCGUGGAAAAUCCCAAAAGCUUUUUGGAAUUCUUUUGUUGGAAUGAAAUUACAAUUAGAAUUUAAUGCCA